AACUAGAAGAUAAUAAAAUAGUAAUCUGGUUUUGAAUAUAUUUAAGCUUCAUAACUACUUUGUCUUCACUCCGAAGUAAGUCGUUUAUAACCUAGUGUAAAUAAAAUGGCUGUAACUUUGACAGAUCUGGAAUCCUGGAUCGAUAAUGCCAUGAUCCAAGAAGGCAUCUCCAACUACAAACUCGACGUUUCUGGAAAUUCCAUCAAAGGUGAUGGAUACUUAGGAGAGGUCACCUUCGUCAAAGUAACCACCAAACUGGGAAUGGUGAAAGACAAGGAUAUAUACCUAGUUGUGAAGUCUGCAAAGAAAAGUGACGAACUUAGGAAGCAAACACCCGUCAAGGAAGCGUACGAAAGGGAAAUCUUCAUGUACACCAAGGUAAUGCCCAUCUUCAGAGAGUUUCAAAAAGAAUGUGCUCUGGAAGCCCCCUUCAACAAGUUCGCUAGGUGCUUCAGCGCCUCCAACGAGAACAAGCGAGAGGUGCUGAUAAUGGAAAACCUGAAGAUGACGGGGUUCGAAGUACACGAUAGAAGACAGCCUCAAAACUUGAACCACGCCCUGCUCGUCUUCAGGAGUUACGGAAGCCUGCACGCAAUCUCGCUUGCCAUGAGAAUAAGAAAACCAGCUCUAUUCAAAAGUUUAACAAAAAAUAUGACCGACGUUAUGGGGAAGUUGUUAACGCAAACGAACAUUUUUCCAGUUCUGACUAAAGGUUUUGAAACUGUUAUCGAUAUUUUGAAAGAUAGUGGAAAGAAUGAGCUGGCUGAUAAAUGUGAAGGAUUGAAGAAUGGAUUGGAGGAAUACUUGACAAAAUAUUGCGAUCCAAACAGUCCGCAAUCUGUGAUUCUACAUGGGGAUUGCUGGAACAACAACAUGAUGUUCAAGUAUGAGGAUGGAAACAGGAUCCAACCCGUCGACAUGCGCUUCAUAGACUUCCAACUAUCACGAGUAGCAUCCCCAAUCCUAGACCUGUCAUAUUACUUGUACUCCUGCGCAGACAAAACAGUUUUGGAUCACUUCGAUUUCCUCCUCCAGGCUUACCAUACGAGCCUCUCGGACUCUCUCAAAGAGCUCGGGUGCAACGUUGACGAAAUUUUAACUUACAACGAAUUGAAACAACAGUGGAAGAAGUACGGGAGGUAUGGUCUAGCUUUGACCCCCCUUAUCAUCAAGAUAGAGCUCUGUCAGUCCGACGAGGUUGUGGACUUCGCUGAGUCCGCAGAGAAGGGAGAGAGACUGGACGGCUUGUUUGAUUUUACGCUGCAAGACCAGGGCGAGUACGAGAAAAGAUUGCUUGAAGUUUUCAGUCACUUUGGCGAGAAGUUCCUAUAAUGUACAAAGAAUUAUUCAAUAAAUUAGAGAAAUUAG